AGAGUUUUGGAUAGUUUAAAUUAGUGAGAUUUGAUUUUAAUCCCUUGAUUUAUAAGGUUUUUGGGUAUUAAACUUUUAUUAGAAAUAUCAUUAAUUUUGGGCUUAUAUGGCAAAAAUAGUGAGUUAGUCCUUUCUAUAGUGUGAUUUGGGUGUGAUUUAUGCUGCAGAAAUUAGAAGGAAAUUGGAUUAUUUACGAAUUACUGUUCACAAUUACUGUUCACGGAUUACUGUUCAUAAAUUACUGUUUACGGAUUACUGUUCACAGAUUACUGUUCACCGAUUACUGUUCACGCAUUAUGCUUUGAUCUCUUUCAAUAGGAAAUCCUAAUAUUAUUUUGGACAUAUUAUGAAUUUGUUUGACAUGUGUAUGUGUUUGUAGCUAUGGAGUAAGUGGACCUAAGCUUAACGCUUGGGGUAUUUAGUGGACCCUUCGGGGUAUUCAGUGGACCUCUGCGCAGUAGGGUUAGUACUGUGAUUAGCUCCAGUACAGUGUUGCUAGCACACUUCAGUGGACUCCAUAGCAUUGUGUGAUUUUCGAUUUUAUGCAUUGCGCUUGUGACAUCAUAUUUGUGAGCAUAAGAUUCUAGUAUAUGAAUUCAAUUUAGACAUUUGUGCUUAUGAUUUGAGAAUUAUAAUAUUAUGUGAUUUGAUUUCGUUGUGUCUUAUGCUCUUUGUGUGAUAGGUCUAAGGGUCUUAGAACCCAAGUUUAUAACUUAAGCUUAUUACUUACUGGGCUGUGAGCUCAUAAAAAUCCCCCCCCAUUUCAGAUCAGUAGAUCGAGGUAGCAGCAUCUCGGUUUAGGAGCUUUUGGCACGGGACUCGCAUGCUCGUUGUAUGUACAAGCUAGGGCCUCGUGUUUUCGAUAAGGAGGCAGAUCGAUGUGUUACCAAAACCAUGACUCAGCUUUUGUUUUUUUGAAAAGCUUUGAAGAAGAAUUUGCCUCGUAUAAUUUUUGUGUAAAUUAGCUUUAUGUAUAAAACCUUUAAAUUAAUUAUAAAUGAGUUUAGUUCAG